GGUACACCAUUCUAGUUGACGUCAAGUUCGUACUCAUACUCGACACUGGUUACUUUUAAUGAAGGGCUUCUCAAAGACGCAACAAAGAUUUCACGUUAUUACUACCAUACAGUUCACAUACAAAUAAGAGUGGCAUGGAGACUGAUUUGGAAGCAGAACUCCGACAUGAAGCAAGCGGGGACGAGAAUACGGCAACGGGGACACAACAGCGCGAGCAGGUUCAACGCUUUAUCAAACAACACCGAAGGAAGGAAGAAACAAAUGCUACGACUGGAAAAUUGAUGGAGGGCAAAGAUGAAGACACGGGAAUGUGGUUCAAGGUAAAAAUUAUACAGGAAGGAAAUUCUCGUGUGAAUGUCCAUUGGAUGAACUAUUCAAAACACUAUGAUUCGUGGAUAGAGACGAGCCUCAUCAGACCCAUCAAGCCAAAGUUUGCAGAAGGGGACAUGGUCAGCGCCCGUUACAACGUAACGUAUAGGACAAUGUAUCCAGCAACAGUUGUAGCCGUUGAUGGGGACAAGGUGUUUCUUCGUUAUGAAGUUGGACUGGAAAAGAAAAUUCACCAAAGAUAUGUAGAAAAAAGAAACUAAUGUGGGACCGCAGUGUAUACAGUAUAUGGUCUAUAUGUAUUGAAACAUAGAUAUCUAUUCUGCAUUUUAUGUCAUUUUCUAUUUGGAACCUUUUUAUCAUGUGUCAAAUAUGAACAUUUUUACCUUGAUAUACACGUAGGGGUUCCCUUAAAA